GCGGCCCGUUGGGGUUCGGGGGUCAUACCGGGUGUGGGCUCUGGCCUGCCUCCCGGGUCGGCCAGCAGGGUCUCAGCCUACAGGGCUAGGCAGUACUUGGGCCGUCAGGCCCUGUGUCUACAAGAGCCAACAGGGGAAACCGAGGCAGCGAAAGGCCUAGGCAUGAUUCGGAGAGGCGGUGCGGUCACAGCCUGAACUUGUCCCCGCGCGAGAACCCAGCGGGUGCCGCGUCUCAGCCCAGGGCCUCCAUCACUUUUGAAGAGCCAUGUUCCAGGCUGCAGGAGCCGCCCAGACCACCCCCUCUCAUGAAGCCAAAGGCGGUGGUGGCAGCAGCACUGUGCAGCGCUCCAAGUCUUUCAGCCUUCGGGCCCAGGUGAAGGAGACCUGCACCGCCUGCCAGAAGACUGUGUACCCCAUGGAGCGGCUGGUGGCCGACAAGCUCGUUUUUCACAACUCUUGCUUCUGCUGCAAGCACUGCCACACCAAGCUGAGCCUGGGCAGCUACGCAGCUCUGCACGGCGAGUUUUACUGCAAACCCCACUUCCAGCAGCUGUUUAAGAGCAAAGGCAACUACGAUGAGGGUUUCGGACGCAAGCAGCACAAGGAGCUCUGGACCCACAAGGAAGUGGACCCUAGCACCAAGACAGCCUGAGACACCCUGUAAUCUUCUGCUCCCUCUGCAGAGGGCCUAGAACUGGGCCUUUGGAAGGGUGGCAAAGAGGUUGAUUGUAGGCUUGGCUGGGCUGGCAGGGUAGAAGGGGGCACAGCUCCUCAGGCAGAAGAUUCCAGGUGCAGGGCUCUGCUCCAGGAUUCUUUCCUUCUCCCUCGGUGGGUAGGGGUGUGGGAGCAAGGACUGGCGUUUGCUCACCUGCUUCUUUCAGCCUACCCCACCCCACCUCACACCCCCCCCCUGGAAGGCCCCCAAAUGUUUCCCUAACUAGGUGCCUUUUCUCCAGCAAGGAGUCAGCAUGUUCCCCCUCAGGGUCCCAAGCGCCCUCACUGCCACCUGGGCUGUGUGCAGCCCCCAAGUCUCCCCAUCUACCUCUGCCCUUAACCUGGACCCAAGCUACAGGGAACUGGAGGAAGGAGAGCGAGUGCGCCACCUGCUGGGCCUCGUGGUUGCCACUUCUGCAGAAGCAGGGGAGGGGAUGGGGAAGUGGCGAGACAAGGCAGAACCUGCCUUUUGGGGGUUUGGGACCCUCUUGCACCAGGAAGUUAGAAGCCUCUGCCAGGGUGAGAGCCUGAGACCUGCUGGGUGGGCAGCUUCCAUGCUCCCCUUUUAUUCCUGCCCCUCUGUUGUGAUGAACCCCAUUUUAAACAUGUUUAAAUAGA